AUGAAACAGAGAGUAGUGAAACAGAGAGUGGUGAAACAGAGACCGGUGAAACAGAGAGUGGUGAAACAAAGAGAGGUGAAACAGAGAGUUCGAGAAACAGAGAGUUGUGAAACAGAGACCGGUGAAACAGAGAGUGGUGAAACAGAGAGUGGUGAAACAGAGACCGGUGAAACAGAGAGUGGUGAAACAGAGACCGGUGAAACAGAGAGUGGUGAAACAGAGAGCGAUGAAACAGAGAGUAGUGAAACAGAGAGUGGUGAAACAGAGACCGGUGAAACAGAGAGUAGUGAAACAGAAAGCGAGAGUGGGGAAACAGAGAGUUGUGAAACAGAGAGUGGUGAAACAGAGUGUGGUGAAACAGAGAGCGGUGAAACAGAGGGCGUUGAAACAGAGAGUGGUGAAACAGAGAAAAGUGAAACAGAGAAAGAUGAAACAGAGAGUGGUGAAACAGAGAAUGAUGAAACAGAGAGUGGUGAAACAGAGAGUGCUGAAACAGAGACCGGUGAAACAGAGAGUGGUGAAACAGAAAGCGAGAGCGGUGAAACAGAGGGCGUUGAAACAGAGAGUGGUGAAACAGAGAAAAGUGAAACAGAGAAAGAUGAAACAGAGAGUGGUGAAACAGAGAAUAGUGAAACAGAGAGUGGUGAAACAGAGAGUGGUGAAACAGAGAGUGGUGAAACAGAGAGUGGUGAAACAGAAAGCGUUGAAACAGAAAGUGGCGAAACAGAGAGUGGUGAAACAGAGAGUGGAGUAGCAGAGAGUGGAGAAACAGAGAGUGGUGAAACAGAGAGUGGCGAAACAGAGAGUGGUGAAACAGAGAGUGGAGUAGCAGAGAGUGGAGAAACAGAGUGUGGUCAAACAGAGUGGUCAAACAGAGAGCGGUCAAACAGAGAGUGGUGA